AUGGGCACCCACUGCUCCAGUAUGGAUGAUAUCCUAGAGGAGGACAUGCACCACUGGUACACCAAAUUCAUGAGGGAGUCUCCUUCAGGCCUCAUAACACUCUUCGAGCUCAAGGCCAUGCUUGAAAUGAACGGUAUGACAGAGGAGGCCAGCAGCUAUGUGGACCAAGUCUUCUUCACCUUUGACAUGGAUGGGGAUGGCUAUAUAGACUUCGUCGAAUACAUUGCAGCAAUAAGUUUAUUACUCAAAGGAGAAAUUAACCAGAAACUAAAGUGGUACUUCAAGCUUUUUGAUCAAGAUGGAAAUGGGAAAAUUGACAAGGAGGAACUGGAGACUAUAUUUAAGGCUAUUCAAGACAUCACCAGAAGUUACGACAUCCCUCCAGAGGAGAUCGUAACUCUUAUAUAUGAGAAGAUCGAUGUGCACGGGGAAGGCGAGCUGACGCUGGAGGAGUUCAUCAGUGGAGCCAGGGAGCAUCCCGACAUCAUGGAUAUGCUCACCAAGAUGAUGGAUCUUACAAAUGUUCUUGAAAUCAUUAUCAGAGGUCAGCAGAAGAAAGCUGUGAACUGA